AAACUAACGCUUCCCAUCAUUCUAGUUGAUGAGGGAGUUACUAUGGAUUAGAGAGAGCUAAGAUGAGGAUGGGGACAGAGCUCGAGGGGAGGGCACGAUGCAUGAACGCAAGGCAAGCAAUCAAGUGCGCAAGCAGGGCAACAUGGAAACCAAGGAAAGGGGUGAAGGCAGGAGGGCAGGGAGGAGCAAAGGAGCAAGACUAGCGGAAGAGAUCGAGGGCACCACAGUCAUCCCAACGCUUGGAAACCUUGAGAGCUGGGACACGGGAGCCUCUAAGACACAGAGUCGCGGCACGGGCAAGAGCGAUGCUCAACCUGGCCGAGAUGAAAGAGCGAACCACGGAGUAGGGCUUGGACAACUUGUGAGCAAACCAAAAACUAACGCUUCCCAUCAUUCUUGCUAUUUACUACCGUCCAAAGGAUCCUCGAAUCUUCGAUUGCAAGAUUCGGCGAAACCUGCAACAGAACCGAAUCGAAUCAGGAGCCCAGAGGACUCCAGUGGAGCGGCCUUGGAGUUUCCAAUAGCUGCUGCGACCGUGGUGGGUGGCUCACUCCCAUGGGAAAAAUGGGAAAGGCUCUAUUCAUUGCUCAUACCGGUAGCGCACUCAUAGCGUAGCAAAAACGAGACCAAAGAUGACGGCAUCAACCGAGACGACGAUGACCUCCACUGAUGUAAUGAGCAGCGAACGCCUUGUACUUCGAUCGGCCGAUCCCAGCGAUUUUGAGCCCCUCUAUCAAGUCGUCUUUUCGGAUGAACAAGUCAUGAAACAAGCAUUCUACGAUCGACCCAUGAGCAGAGAACAAGCGAGCGAGUUUUUUCGAGAUGAGUUUGACUUUUGCGGAUCCGGAAAGCGACUGGGAGUGCUGUGUUUGAAAGAUGGCACCAUCAUUGGCUUUUCAGGUUUGCUGGCAUGUACCGUGUUGGGUGAACCUGAUGACUUUGAGAUCGGCUUUGUGUUGGGACGCUCCUUUUGGGGCAAGGGCUAUGCGACGGAGAUCGGCAAGGCCCAAGUCCGUUUUGGAUUCGAGCAAGCGGGAUGCUCUCGAUUGCUCGGAGUGGUCCGAGAAGACAAUGCCGCCUCAAAACGAGCACUUUCAAAGUCCGGAUUGUCCUUCCAUUCCACUGUCGAGACCACGGAUCGAGGAGUCAGAGAAGUCUAUUGUGUCCUGAAGACAGAAUGGGCUUUUUCUAAUAGGAGAUAGCUAGCUAGACAAUCCUAAAGUAUGUGAAAGCAAGUAACUAAGAACAUAGACCAACUGUACAUUUCGUUA